CCGGCUUCCCGCCCCGCCUAACCCGCGCCUUCCCUCGCAGGUGCUGAGGCGCGUUGUCCCGCGGACGGUGUCGUAGCUGAGGCCCCCUCGCCCCUGCCCACCCACCUAUCCACCCGCCCGCCACCAUGGACAAGACCGACUUGAUCCAGAAAGCCAAGCUGGCCGAGCAGGCCGAGCGCUAUGAUGACAUGGCCACCUGCAUGAAGUCGGUGACUGAGCAGGGCGCCGAGCUGUCCAACGAGGAGCGCAACCUGCUGUCUGUGGCCUACAAGAAUGUGGUGGGCGGGCGGCGCUCAGCCUGGAGGGUCAUCUCCAGCAUCGAGCAGAAGACGGACACCAGUGACAAGAAGAUGCAGCUCAUCAAGGACUAUCGGGAGAAGGUGGAGGCCGAGCUCCGGUCCAUCUGCACCACCGUGCUGGAGCUGUUGGACAAAUAUUUAAUAGCUAAUGCAACUAAUCCAGAGAGCAAAGUCUUCUACCUGAAGAUGAAGGGCGACUACUUCCGAUACCUUGCUGAAGUUGCAUGUGGAGAUGACAGAAAACAAACAAUAGAAAAUUCACAGGGAGCUUAUCAGGAGGCGUUUGAUAUCAGCAAGAAAGAGAUGCAGCCGACGCAUCCAAUUCGCUUGGGCCUAGCUCUUAACUUUUCUGUAUUUUACUAUGAGAUCCUCAACAACCCUGAGCUUGCCUGCACGCUGGCUAAGACAGCUUUUGAUGAGGCUAUUGCAGAACUUGAUACACUGAAUGAAGACUCAUACAAAGACAGUACUCUCAUCAUGCAGUUGCUUAGAGACAACCUAACAUUAUGGACAUCAGACAGUGCAGGAGAAGAAUGUGACGCUGCAGAAGGUGCAGAAAACUAAACUGCACGUGGAGUGUCAUUCUCCCUUUCCUUCUCAAGAAACCUUUUUACACGUCUCCAUUCCUUAUAGCUCCACUUGGAUUUCCUAUAGCAAAGAAACCCCAUCAAUGUGUAUGGAAAUCAGUUGAUAGUCUUUUCACACUGCAGCUUUGGGAAAACUCCAUUCCUUGAUUUGUGUUUGUCCUGGCCUUCCUGGUGUGCGGUUACUGCUGUAGAAAAGUAUUAAUAGCUUCACUUCAUAUAAACAUAAGUAACUUCCCAACACUUGUGUAGCGGACUAAUGUACACCUGGUAUUGAGAAAUGAAUCGGAACCAGUUCCCGCAAGCUGACUGUGUUUUGUAUUACAGUAAAGAUAUGAACAUGUAGUUAAUUGCAACUAAAGAGUGUUUCACAUAGCUUUUUAAUUCUCCACCUUCCCUUCUUAUUCUGCAGGGUUUCCUUUCAGUAAUGGACUUUCACAUGCUACUGUGUAUUCUUUUUCAGUUGGGAUAAUGGAAGUGGUGGGCCAGAUGGAAAGGUUAGUGUUUCUAGCUAGAGGAUUACAAACAGAAUUGCUUCCUGUAUUAAUAUGCUGCAGGAGCUACAGUGUGUCUGAAAAUGGGCUACUCUUAUUCUUCAGUUGCUACUGUUUAAGUUGAUAUCCCUUUCCAAUAAAAUUUCACUUACACUCCUGCCUUUGUAGUUCUGGUAUUCACUUUACCUAUGUACUAGAAACAGCAUGUUACUGUCGGAGUACAAGCAAUGCUUUUUUGGCAGACUUAAAAUGCAUGUCAUUUCUUAAUACACUGGAAUGGGAAACCAAUUGAAGUUCACAUGUCCAAGUAUAAAAUUUAGUACUUUUCCAUGCAGGUUUGUGCACAUGUGAGAAGGUGUCAAGUUUGUCCAGUGAUUGUCAUUUAGAGAGUUGGACCACUAUUGUGUGUUUCUAAUCAUUGAUUGAUUGUAGUCCCAAAAAAGCCUUGUGAAAAUGUUAUGCCCUAUGUAACAGCAAAGUAACAUUAAAUAAAAUUACAUUUUAUAAACCA